CAGGCAGUAUGUACGAUUUCCAACAGCACCAUCAAAACAACCGUACCACAGCAGAAGUAGGCCACCUUCGGUCGGUAUCACAGGCCGGCGCACAGCUGUUUUCUGGAUUCUAUGCUACGCCCGCUCGCUCUGCUACCGUCCUGCAUCCUUCGCCGAACGACAGCAAGCGCUUCCGCCCGGCGCAUCACGAUGGCCACCGAUGGCAGCGGCACGGCCCCGACGACGACCCCGACGGCCACCGACAGCGAGUACUCGGUCGCGUUCGUGACCACGCCGGACAGUGCGGUGGCCACGAAGGUGGGCCGCCAGCUCGUCGAGCGGAAGCUGGUCGCGUGCGUCAACAUCAUCCCCGGGCUGACGUCGAUCUACUCGUGGGAGGACAAGAUUAACGAGGACCCGGAGGUGCUGAUGAUGCUCAAGACGCGCACCGACCGGGUGGAGGAGGUGAUACGGUUCGUGCGGGAAAGCCACCCGUACAGUGUGGCGGAGGUGAUCGCGAUGCCGAUAGCGGCCGGCAACCCACCAUACCUCGACUGGAUCGGCAAAACUGUCCCCAAGCGGGACGGGUAGCGUGUGUGGGAUCUAACGCGCGGGUGCCAUGGGGAGCGAGUAGGUGAAGGAGAAGUUUUUCCUUUUUUUUUCUUUUGUACAUGGGGCGGGGAAUUGGGCGUUUUGGAGAAUUGAUAUUAUGGUAGAAUAUAGUACGGAGGGGGAAAUUUCUGUACUGUAAUUUUGCGUGCCUUUUAUUUCUUUGCUAAAAUGGUAACGGUUUUUGCCACACUCCUUAACCCAAAUCGUUUCACCGGUAGCUUUUAUUGAUAUUUCUGUUCUUUUUUUCCUCACCGUCGCAUUGAAAUCUACACCCCAGAUCGCAAUUUGGCAGCCUCAUCAUAAGGCGAGAAACAAAAAUACACACACACACACGGUCCAAACCGGCUGGCUGGAAGUUAACGCACAGAACAAACAUACAAG